AUAGUUGUCACUUUUUAUAAGAAUCCCGGAGAGGCAGGACCGCAGUCGGUGUCGUCGUAGUCGGUUCGUUGAAAUUUCAUCAAGCCAUCAAACAAGUGCAGUCAAAUUAUUCAGUGAAAGGUUUAGUGUAAUUGGUGCAGCAAAAAAGCGAUAGGCAGUGUGUGCCGGAGUGGAAAAUAAACAAAAGUGUUUAGAAAAUAAUUUAACUUAUGAGUGCAAAGUGAAGUGAGACGAAAGUUUUGUUGUCAAACAAGUGAAAUAAGGUUUUGAUAGCAAUAUUAAUCAGGCGUGGAGGAGGCAUUAACGUGUACGCGGGAGUGUGUCAAAUCGUUCGUGCCGUGUAGUGGUGGAAAUCAAUUGUGCAAAAUAAAUCACCGCCAACGUGGAUUACUAGCACCAGCGCAUAUCGUCGUCAACUGGUUUCGGGUUACCGCUUUCUGCUACCGUAUCCAGCCGUAUUGACGAGCCUUCGAACCUACACCCCGAAAAGAACUUAUCUUUUCCAUGAACAUUAAAGCCAAGCACGGUGCAGUGCAACAUCUAGCAGAGCGUUUAACGUCGUUGUUGGACACGAUGAUGCUACUCGUCAGAUGAGAAAUAUAUUUCAUCGUUAACCAACAGAGCCAACAACAUACGGACCGACCUGAUGCACAUUACCCUACCGUAACGUGAUAACGAGAAAGCGUGCCAGCUUCUCAAAAUUUGCCAAAAACCAUUUUGCGCGUUGUUUGUCGAACCACCAUCAGGGGAACAUAUACCACACCCCGUCGUCUAAUAAUUGAUCGUUCGAACCCGGCACUGACAUUUACCACAACAAACGGCAAAAGGCCAUCGUGAUCGAGGGCGGCCCCUAGUUGUUGUACACAAAUUGUCGUUGAUUGUGGACCACCAUCAUUCGUCGUUGUCGUUCAUUUAUCACUCGGUAUCGGGUCAUUACCGGAGACUGUGUGUGUACGACGGCGGGGAUCUGUCCCGCAAAACACAGAACGGUUUGCAAAAAUUGAUUUGAAUUCGGGGCGCGGAAGAAGCAUCACACCACACCAUACGUGAACAUACGGCAAAAUGUCACAUCACAGCGACGAUCAGCUGCUGCAGGCCGGCAGUGACUCUUUCUGGGAGCUGAACAAUUACAAACGCACCACCAAGCGGAUAGAGGACGGUUACAAACUAUGUACGGAGCUGCAAACGUUGAUUCAGGAGCGUGCCGAAAUUGAAAAAGCAUAUGCCAAAAAUUUAAAAGCAUGGUCAAAGAAGUGGGGCGAAUUGAUCGAGAAAGGACCAGAGUACGGCACGACAGAAGCCGCCUGGAAGGGAAUGCUUACUGAGGCGGAACGGCUUUCGGACCUGCAUUUAAAAAUCAAAGCCAACCUGUGCACCGACGUCACACUCCAGAUUAAAGAAUGGCAAAAGGAUAACUAUCACAAGUCGAUGAUGCAAAUUAAGGAGCGCAAAGAAAUGGAAGACCAGUUCAAGCGGGCACAGAAACCAUGGGCGAAGCUGCUAGCGAGUGCGGAAAAAGCCAAAGCAGAUUACCACGCAGCAUGCAAAAUGGAAAAAUCUGCCACCAAUCAGGAACGCAACGCCUCCAGCGACUCAUCAAUGUCGAACGAUCAGCUGAAAAAGAUGCAAGAAAGGGUACAGAAGCUUAAGGACGAUGUGGCGAAGAGUCGCGACCGGUACGAACAAACGCUCAGCGAGAUCAAAGAAUACAACCCCGUGUACAUCGAGAGCAUGACGAACGUGUUCCGGAAGUGCCAAGAGAUGGAGGAGACCCGGUUGUGCUUCUUCAAGAACGUGCUGUUUUCCAUACACAAAUGCCUGAACAUUUCCGAGGAUCCGAGUUUGCCACAAAUCUACAAAGAGUUCCACCACACGAUCAACAAUGCCGAUCACCAGAAGGAUCUCAAGUGGUGGUCUAACAACCACGGCGUCAACAUGGGUAUGAGCUGGCCAACGUUCGUGGAGUACACGGAAGAGUUCCGCGACAUUGCGAAGGGCAUCAAAUCCAAAGAAGCUUUGCCCGCAGCGCCGAUCACGCUCAUUCAUCAGCGACCCGUGGCCGAAGAUGUGCAUGAAUAUCCGCCACCGCCGCCCGCCAACAAUAAUCGGCUACUUGGAGGAGGCAAUCGCAACAGUACGGCCCUUAGUAUUAGCAACUCGACUAGCAACAACCGCACCACCACCCCGACACCGAAUAACGAUUCGCCCAAAUCGGAAACGGCUUCGACGAAGAAUGAAGUGGCCACUACCCCUACCCGAAACUCACCUGCCCGUGCUGCUCCUGGCGGAGCGGUCGUCACCAAUGGCAACUCUGGAACGAACGGUAAAGCGAACGACAGCAAUCCCUUUGAAGAGGAAGAAGAGUGGGAUGAGGGUGACGGUCAUGAUAACCUGCUCGUGGAUAACGGUGAACCUGGCGUCCCGGUGAAGGCGCUGUACGAUUACGAAGGUGCUGAAAGCGAUGAGCUUACGUUCAAGCAGGGCGAUUUGUUCGAAAAGCUAGAAGAUGAAGAUGAGCAAGGCUGGUGCAAGGGACGAAAGGACGGGCGAGUAGGACUGUACCCGGCGAACUACGUGGAAGUGGUGGCAACGUAAACCCUUGGCACGUUUCAACAGGAAAAGGGAAAAGCAAGAGAAAAAUUCUUUCCAAUAGAAAGCAGUUCAAGUUGUGCAUGUGCAACGGUGAAAAUAUGAUAAGUGAAUGAACGUAGUCAAACCGAAGUACAAGCUGCUCUGGUAUGUUGGAUUUUAUUUGGUUACAAUUGUUGGUGAACGAAUGAAAAAUCACUGAUGCUUGUACCAAUGCAUCACAUCACACACAUGGUACAACGGUGGAGCAAAUAGGGCAAAACGGUCACUAACAGACCGACAUACACACACACACACAUACACCAUCCACAGGAAGGCAAGCCUUUUUAGAGGAAGUAGCACUUUCUCCGCUUUUAAGAGGAGUAGUUUGCAAGCAUUGCGCCAUCGUUCUCUCUGGAACAACUAGUUUAAAGGAUGAAAUCCUCAGAACCAAUUAAAACACAAACAAACAGAAUGGACCUAUUUCGUAACGUUGGCCAAAAAGGGUAUUUUUUUUAGAAUGGAACAUUUCAAACUGUCCACCAUUUUUGGUUUGCACGCGUAGGAAAGAUAAGCCAUAGAGAAACGGUGUAGGUAUAGAUAACCACUUAUACACAACGGGAUUUGCCUACUGGAAUAUCAUUUUAUCGAGCGCUCAGCGGUGGGAAAUACAUGAGCUGAACCAGGCUUUCGUGUGGCAGUAUGUUUUAUGGUCAUGGACACGAAACGUUGCAAAAGAACGAUGUCUGUAAUCGAACAGAUGUGGAUUUGCAUUGGUGGAAGGAUUAAGUUAUCCGCUCAGUAUCAUCUUCUCUACGACCCUGUUUCGUUCUAUCCGUUGUUCCAUUUGAUAAUAUCGUUAUUAAGGAGAUGAAAAGCGUAGAUAUAAGUAGAAAUUGAAGCAAUUUUUAGCAUUGAUGCUCUGCAUUUAGGAAAAGAAUCGAACUUUUUGCUGGUUUUACUAAUUCGAUGUAAAUUUUCUUGGCAAAAAAAACACACACAGAGAAGAUCAAAACACACAUUUGAACGUAACCGGAAACGCCUCUGGGAAUAAUGACGGGACAUUUGUAACCUCGUCAGGGGGCGGCCAUGAGCCGUUAGCUCAACGUAGAGAACAAUCAUUUUGCGCAGGAUAUGAUAGCAAAGUAGGAAAAAAAGAGCUCUUGUAAUACAACUGAUAAUAACCUAACCUAUGUAGAAUACAACCCACUGGUUCCAUUUUUCAAUCUACAAACACGUAGACCUUUUCCCGUCUAUCGUAGAUCCAUGGUGUUUGGCGGAAAGCAACAGAAAAAGUUAAUGGAAAGUGUUUCCCACCUGUUUGCAGCAAUAUAAUAAUAUCCCUGAAACCUUAACUACACGUCCGUAAAUUUACCGUAACCUUUUUUAUAUCCACUUUCUUAUACUGAACCACUUAAGCGGCUCGUUCUGUUGCCUCGCUCAAGCUGGGAACAAAAUUAAAUGCUAUCCAGGUGUACACUAAGUGAAAUAAUCUUUUUUUGUUGUGUAAAGUAAUACACCAAGCACCUAAAUAUGUGUGGUUUACCCUCGAAGUUAGCAGCAAGCAGCAGGAACAAGCAACGUACAAAAAAGGCGUUGUGCUUGAUGAACCUUACUCUCCUUUUCUUAAUAUACAAAUUUACAAACAAAAGAUGAAAAUACAUAAUUUUGUUAUUCUUUUUGUUAUGAAUAGGCAAAGGCGCUGAAAGUUUUACAUACAAGUUAAAAAUGAUAGCGAACCAUUCGGUUGCAUAGCCGAGAAUGAGGUAAACAAUGGUUGAAAUUUGAAUACGAGCAAAAAAAAAAGAAACGAGUUAUAAAAUUAGUAAUAACAGUUGGAAUAGUAGUGUGCUAGUGAAACAUAACGAUAACACACGGAUCGUUGGCUGCAGAAGAAGCAGGAGAAAGCAAUGGUUGAACAGGUUACGAAACGUAAGCGAAACAACAUGUUGUGUAUUAUAUUAAGUUUGAGGAAAUAUAUAUAUAAAUAUGUAAAGAAUUAAUAACAACCGGGCAGUUAGUAGUAGCGUUACGAUAGUGUAGUAUCUGGGUAAAGUGAAGAUAUUGGAGUAAGCAGAGUAUUGAACGAAGGCGGUUAUUUAUAUACACAGUCUGUAUAUGUGAAAAUUAUUACCUUAA